AUGAAUUUUACAAAACCACCGUUACCGUUCUUUGGAAAUAAGAGUAAAUGUAAAGAUAUUAUAUUGAGAGAACUUAAGAAACUACCGAAUGGUCUAACAUUUGUAGAUUUGUUCGGUGGAAGUUUCUAUAUAUCCCAUUUGUGCCAUACAAUAUUCCCAGACUCAAAGAUUAUAUGCAAUGACUUCGACAACUAUAUGGACCGUCUCAAACAUAUUCCAGACACAAACAAUAUAUUGAAAGAGUUAAAAGAAAAGAUACCUAUAGGUAAGAUGGAACGUAUACCAUUAGAUAAGAAAAAUAUUGUGAGAGAGGUUUUGAAAAAAGCAGAAUAUAUAGACUGGGAUAGUAUAUCUGCUAGACUAUUAUAUAG